GUGAUAUCGAAUUGGACAAGAAGAAAUUAAAGAAAGCAUUAGAAAAUGAAGAUAGACGAUACAAACUAAAUGAGCCAGAAUUAGAUGACAGAAAACGUCCUUACAAUAAUGCUUUUAUGAGUAAGAACAAAAUUGAUUCGGAGGUAACGGAAGAGGAGCUAGAAGCUUAUAGACUGAAAAAACAAUCAUAUGAAGAUCCUAUGGCAAAUUACGUUGACAAUGAAUAG